GCCGGUUGUUCAUCGGACCUGGAUGCAGAGCGGGUACGGGGGAAAAAGAUGGAGACAGCGGCGGAGCCUGCAGGGCUGCGGCUGAACAGUCUCCGUCACCCAGGUUCAUCUUUGGACACACACAGUUUUAAGCAACACACCUGUGUGUGUGACUUAUAAAAUGUGCCUGAUUGACACCGUUUGGCAUUGGAUUGGGAGUGAAAUUGGAAAAAUUGUGCUUUGAUCAAAUCUCGAUCACGAUUCUGGCAUUAAUGAACAAAUUAAUUGGUGGCCGAGACCAUGCCAGGGAUUGUGAUCUUCAGGCGGCGUUGGUCAGUGGGGAGUGAUGACUUGGUGUUGCCAGGAAUCUUCCUCUUCCUCAUUCACACUACCUGGUUUGUGGUACUUGCUGUAGUUCUAUUUGGCCUGACGUACAGCCCGCAGGAGCCAUGUUCACUCAAUUUAGUCGAUCAUGGCAGAGGCUAUUUAGGCAUUCUCAUUGCCUGUAUGAUAUCCGAAGCUGCUAUAAUCUGGCUGAGUAUGCGAGGAAGCAUUCUUUACACGGAGCCACGUGAUUCAAUGCAGUACAUUCUAUACAUCCGAAUGGCAAUUGUGCUAAUAGAAUUUGCAUAUGCAAUCAUAGGAAUUGUAUGGUUAGCACAAUACUAUCACUCCUGCAAUGACACCACUGCAAAGAAUGUUACCUUGGGAAUUGUAGCCUGUAACUGGGUUGUUAUUCUGAGCGUCUGCAUAACUGUCAUGUGCGUCUUUGAUCGCACUGGAAGAACAUUUGUGAAGCUUCGAGCGACCAAACGGCGUCAGCGGAAUCUUAGAACAUAUAAUUUACGCCAUCGUUUGGAGGAAGAACAGGCCAGUAGCUGGAGUCGACGGUUGAAAUUUUUUCUUUGUUGCACCCGUACACAGGACACCCAGAGUGAUGCCUAUUCAGAAGUUGCUUUUCUUUUUGCUGAGUUCUUCCGAGACUUGGACAUUGUGCCCUCUGACAUCAUUGCUGGUCUUGUAUUGUUGCGUCAGAGACAGAGGGCGAAACGAUUUGCUGUUUUGGAUGAGGCAAAUAAUGAUAUUUUGGCCUUUUUAUCGGGAAUUCCAGUCACCAGGAAUACAAAGUACCUUGACUUGAAGAAUGCCCAAGAAAUGCACAUGUAUAAGGAGGUAUGCUACUACAUGCACUUUGCACUGGCUGCCUACGGCUGGCCCUUGUACUUAAUGCGAAACCCAACCUGUGGAAUCUGCAAACUGGCCAGCUCAUGCUCCUGUUGCUGUUUCUGUCAUCCUUUGCGACCCAGGUAUGUGCCAAGUGUGACAGUUGAGGAAGACAACUGUUGCAACUGCAAUGUCAUUGCCAUCAAACGUCACUUUCUGGAUGAGAAUUUUUCAUCAGUAGACAUCGUAUAUACUUCUUGCCAUGAUGCGGUGUUUGAGACGCCAUUCUAUGUUGCCGUAGAUCACAUGAAGAAAAAGGUGGUGAUUAGUAUUCGGGGGACCCUUUCACCUAAGGAUGCUCUGACUGAUUUGACUGGAGAUGCUGAACGAUUACCAGUAGAGGGACAUCAUGGAACUUGGCUUGGUCAUAAGGGAAUGGUUCUAUCUGCUGAAUAUAUUAAGAAGAAACUGGAACAGGAGAUGAUUCUCUCUCAAGCCUUUGGCCGUGACCUGGGGAAAGGGACCAAACAUUACGGAUUAGUUGUGGUUGGACAUUCUUUAGGAGCUGGAACUGCAGCUAUUCUUUCCUUCCUGCUCAGACCACAAUAUCCUACUCUACACUGUUAUGCUUACUCUCCACCUGGGGGUCUUCUUAGCUGCGAUGCAAUGGAAUAUUCUAAGGAGUUUGUGACAUCCGUUAUCUUGGGGAAGGACCUGGUACCAAGGCUUGGGCUAUCUCAGCUGGAAGUCUUUCGUAGACACCUGCUUGAUGUGCUACAGAAGAGCAAUAAACCCAAGUGGAGAAUUAUCAUGGGUGGCACCAAAUGUAUUCCUAAAUCAGAACUGCCAGAGGAUGAAGAAAUAGCUAACGUUCAGAGUAACAGACAAUGGGCCUAUCCCAGUGACCUUACUAUUGCACUUUCUGCCAGUGUCCCACUGUACCCUCCAGGCCGGAUUAUUCAUGUGGUACACAACCAUCCAGAGGAAAAGUGUUGCUGUGGACAGGAAGAGUCAACUUAUUAUGCUAUAUGGAGUGACAACAAGACAUUGGAUGAGGUCAUUAUUUCUGCUGCCAUGCUGAACGAGCACAUGCCUCAUGUUGUCAUGGAUGGACUACACAAGGUACUAGAGAAUUAUAACAAGGGGAAGACAGCUUUACUUGGAGCAGCAAAGGUAAUGGUCAGCCCAACAGAGGUGGAUUUGAAUCCUGACAUGAUUGUGCAGCAGCAGCUCCAACCAAUAGAGCAUGGAGAUCAAAGGAGGAACAGCAGUGUAAAGAGCAAGUCAAAAUCUGAACUGAGCUUUGAAGGCCUCUAUCGGACAAAACAAAAUGUUCAGUGCCAAAAUGAUCCUGUUGAGUUGCUACUAAUGGACACUAAGGAGAGGCUGGUAACUGAAAUAGAGGAACGUAGGGCUCCACUUGCCACCAUGGAAAGUCUUUCUGACAAUGAGUCUGUCUAUAGUUUUGAUUCACGCCGAUCCUCUGGAUUUCGCAGCAUAAGAGGCUCUCCAAGUCUGCAUGUUGUAAUGGAGAAAGACGAGUCACAUUGCUUCUACAUUGAUCCAGCAAUCCCAGAGGAAAACCCUUCCCUUAGUUCCAGGACUGAGUUACUUGCUGCAGAUAGUUUAUCUAAACAUUCUCAGGAGGUGCAACUGUUUGAGCCACUGCAGAACAGCUGUUAUUCUCUGCCCAGCCCCCUGCAAGCAGAUUUUGGUGAGCAGGAGACCAAGCAAGCCACAGAAGUGGAAGAAGAUAGUCUCUCAGAUAAGUUGCCAAUGGAAGAUGGGAGUAAAGAAUGGACAGGAAGCCUGCGAGAGGUGCCAAGUCCACAAGUGCUUGAAUUUGCAGAAUUUAUAGACAGUCUUUUCAAUUUGGAUGGGAAAAGCAGCUCCUUCCAAGAUAUUUAUCAUUUGGUACUUGAUGAUAACUUAGAAGAAUAUAAUGAAAUUCCCAAGUCAGUAAGUGAGCACGAGAUCUUGAUGCGGGCACAGUUUGAACCUAAUUUAGUGCCAAAACCACCCCGUCUGUUUGUCGGAUCGGCAGAUGCUGGGACCUCAUCCGGGAUUUCGGUGUCUCCAUCCUUUCCGUUCAGUUCAUCAGGAGAACUGAUGGACAUUACUCCAACCUGCAUUAGCAGCCAGGAGUGCCUGACUGUGGAUACAAAGUUGAGAACUUCAACUCCAGCAGACAACCAAUCCAACUCAAAUAAGCCUGCAGAACUUGUCAUCUCAGCUCUAUAGAACCCUGUGAAGUACUAACAGAGCACAUAAGCAUGCUAAUUUAUAAGUGGUGUUUUCCUUAAAGAGUAGAACUGUGAAAUUUUCAGAAUAAAAAUAAACCACUUGAGCCCACAAUGGUAAAAUCAAGGAACUGACCCGGUCUAAAAGACCCUAAUGGAAAAAGUCCUGAUCUUUCUAGCAACUGUCAUGUUGAAGGAUGUUAAAAUGUAGUUAAUCUGCACUUUCCUAUACAAUUUAUUUUUAAUCUCUUGGUCUCAUGUAUAACCAAGAAAUAUACAAAAAAAAACACUCCAGUGAGGCUAAGUGUCAGUUGAUGUUUAAUUACCAAACAAGGGAGACAACCCUUUUUUUAAAAUUAAAUAGUGAGGUGUGGAAGUCACUGGCAAGGCUGCCAUUUAUUGCCCAUUUCUAAUCACCCAGGAACAGGUGGUGGUAAUGAGCCACUGCACUCUUUGUGAUGUACAUUGGUGAGAUUGUUGGGUAAAGAUGUCCAGGAAUUUGAUGACAAAGGAAUGGCAGUAUAUUUCCAAGUCCAAAUAUUGCACUACUUUGAGGAACUAGUGGGGGUCAUGUUACCCUUUAAGGUGAUAGAAAUUGCAGGUUUCGCAAGAUAUUGUAAUGCAUUUUGAAGGAUAAUACUGAGCACAACCAUGGUGUGCUGGUGGAUAGGGUGCUGUAAAGCUGCUUGAUUAGGGGAAUCAGGAGGUGAACUAUUCACCAUAGAACACCCAGUUAUAACAGCCAUCAAUGUGGCAGAUUGUUUUUGGCCCAUGGUGCCCUCAAAUUUUGAAAUAACUUUGAAUUACAGUUUGGUACAGGGGCUUCAAAGCCCAUAUCAAUUGGGUUUCAUGCAGUACUGAAGCACUCUGUGCAAACUCAGUUGAACUGUAUUCCAAUAUGUUGUAUCAGUGUUGCCAUUACCACUAGCAAAAUUGUUAGUGUUUCCAAGCAUGUUGGAUAUAAAUAGGAAACUGAAUGGUGGAAAUCUGGAAAUUCUCAGCAGUUUGGAUAAAAUCUGAAAGGAAAAUGGUCAAGUUUAUAUUUCUGGUGAGAUCCUUGCAAUAGCUAGUUCCAUGUUCCAAAAUAAGAACACAAAAUGCUGGAAAUACCCAGGAAACCUGUGGAGAGAGAAAUGUAUUUCCAGCAUCUGCAGAUUUUUUUGAUAUUCAUCAUCUUCCAGUAUCAGGAUUCACUCAAAUCAUUCUGGUGAUGAUCAAUGUGUCAAUUUCUACCAUUUUCUCUUAUAAUUUCACAAUUCAUUUCUUUGCACAAACCAGUGCAAAAUCUUAAACAUUUUAAUCUUUUGCAAAAUUAAUUUCUAUUAGAUAAGGAUAUUUUAAUCCAUGUUGCAUUGUAUAAGCUAUUAAUAACUCUACCAUUUGCUGUGUGUUUGCAGUAAUAUCAUUACCGUCUGAAAUUGAAUGUUCCUGUUCUUUAUUGGAAUAUGCUAUUGUUCUCUGAUAACAUACAGACUUAAUGUGGAAAACAAAUAUAGCUUUGGACAGACAGCAAGUUACUACUUUUCACUGAAAUUAUUAAUUACAGAAUUGGACAGUGCAAAAGCUGAUAGAUAACGAAGGAGGGAUAGGUACUGACUUGGAGUGCUGAGAUGUUAGGCUCCCAAAAGUAUUAUUGAUAGCCCUGAAUGGUGGUAGUGGCAGUAGAAGUGAAUAAGAUUCUGUCAUUUCUGGGAGUGGUCUAGCAAUUCUAAAAACAUUUCCAUGCUCCCAAAUUUAUGGCUGUAGUGUACAUACCAUUAUUGCUAUAGUGCAACAUUAGGUUUCUGCCACUUGCUUUUAGCAAGUGCAUCACAAUUGCUGUGAAAGAAUUGGUAUUCAAGUGCAGUUUGGCACAAUGAAAUCUUGAGCAUCUACACACUUCAG